AUGCGCGAGAAAGACCAGGAGCGUCAGCGAGAGACGAUGUCGAAAAGGACCAGAGAACGUCCAGAAAUACAGGUGAAUACCUUGGACUGGAGACCUGUGCCCGCGUUAUCGAGGUGCGACGUGAUGAAGAAGAGUAUGAACCAAGGAGAGAUGGGUUGCGAGUCGAAGGGACCUUCCAGACGCGUCAGGAGCAAGAAUGGCCGAGGCUGGGCAAGGUGGGGUGGAAUGACCGAAGCUCGCGAUCGAAAAAGAGACCGCGACGAGCUGAGUGAACCAAGCUGUGCCUCGAGCGACAGUGGCGGUGACAGCGAUCAAGUGGCGUUGAGGAACGAUCGGACGACGACGACGACAAAGUUGAAUCGGUAUGGUGUGAGUGUCGAGCAGAAGAAAGGGGAGGGGAAGGGACGAGGAAAGAGAAAGCAAGUACCGGAAAACGACACGCACUUGCAGCUUGCUUUUGCUUGUAAAUGGCAGCCAGAAGCCACAAAGCAGCAGCCAAGCAGAUUGCGGCAGAAGUCGACGGCAGCCAAAGAAGCACGAGGAGCAGCGAGACGCAGAAACAGGCGCACCUGCAGCUCCAGAAGAGCAGCAUCAGCGGUCACUCGCGGCGCAAUGCAGGACAGGCAGCCGGGCAGGCAGGAAGAAAGGAGGAAGAAAAACCAGGCGGAAUUUCUCAGAGAGGUCUAA